AGUUUUGAAUUUUGGCACGCCCACUUGUUAAACUCUGCGGCUACCCACGUGGACGCUUAUCCCGGUUUUCCCACGCUCCAACCUGUUACCUUAACAUUGAGCACUUAGCCCAUACACAUUCUCCAACCUACGGUGGAAAUGUUACUAGGACGUUAUUGUUCGGAAAUUUUGUUUUGGGCUAAAACUAAUUUUAAAAUAAAGUCAAAUCACUUACGUUGUUUUCGGGUCGUGCCGAAUUUCGAAGAAUUAACUUUUAAAUCGUACGUAUUGAUUCGAGUUUGGUUGCGAUUAUGCGAUAACCUGCGCGGAGAGAGGUCACUGGGAUGAGUACGGGGCACGGAAGAUAACCAUCGCGUCCGAUAGGACGAUGCCAGAAAUCGGGUAGAGGGAGGCAGAGGAGUCGAAUGCACUCCGAUAAACACGUUGCUGCGGUAGAAAGUUUCGAACUGCAGCGGUUUGGAUCCUGCGGUGGCGCGUAUUAAACCGAAGUCUUUAGUGUUUUCGACAUCUGGCUUGUGUUUAGAAACAUCCGGCGAGCAUUUUCGCGUUUUUCACCCACUUGGUCGCGAUCUAAGCCGGCGAGUGUGGGCGGCAUUAGAUUAAAUUACCAUCCCAGCCAUGCCGUCUACACUCCACCCCCUUUCUCACUCCUCGAAUCUCGAUGACCGUCCCGGACCACCAUUAUGUAACUACCGGACCCAACUAAUCAGGAAAUAUUGAGCGAUGUGGAAAGAAGCCAAGAGCGAUUCCACGUCCACAUCGUUUGCAGGUGUCUCGUUUGUCGACGGAAUGACUUCGUCUCGUCCCUAUCAACCCUUUCGUUCUUACGGAAAGAACGUUCCUCCUCCGGCAUACGCCCUGCUGGCCGAUCUUCAAAAGACGACGUCCCAUCUGAACACCAGCCCGACCUACAAAUCUCCCUCGAGUCCCGACAACGCCAGCUACGGCUCUCUUGGAAGCCCCCGGAGCCCCCACCAGUUCCAGUACAACAUGGCGUACAGCCCAGCGGCCCACGCGACCGCCCACUCUGCCACGGACAGACACGAAUAUUGUCAGGGAGAAAAAAAUUCACCAAUAUAUCAAAAUCAGCAAGUAAUCAAGGAAGUUACAACUACUACCACAAUUGCAAACAACACAACUGCGCCAAAUUCGAGAACUCACCAGCCUUGCAAUCCCAAUCUGAGCAGUAAUUUGUCAGAACUUGACACACUAUUAGAAGAUCUCAAUUCUGCACGAUUUAUGAAUUAUGCAGAUAAGAAAGCUCAGAAUCAAAUACACAGCAAUGGACCAAGCACAAUACCGCAAUAUAAUGAAAGAGAGAGCCCUCAAAAACCCAGCACCGCCAACAGUUAUAGUAUGCAGGACGGGAGACCUUCCGUGGAAAGUCUGCUGGAUGAACUGCAGAGUGCUGUUCCAAAACACAGUAGUUAUUGCUGCUGUUCAAACAAACAUUUAAUACAAAAAAAAGAGCAUAUGUGGCAAGCUUUGCUUUUCUGCUUCACUUUGAAUAAAUCGGCUGCCAAAGCACAUCGAAUGCUUGUGGAGGCCCAUGGCAACAGUGCUUUAUCAGAAACCACGUGCAGAGAUUGGUUUCGUCAGUUCAAAGACGGCAAUUUUGACUUGAGCGACAAGAAGUGUGAAAAUCAGCCCAGGAAGAUUGAGGACCAUCAACUGCAGGCUCUUUUGGAUGAGAAUGAUACCCAAUCACAAAAAAUGCUUGCCGAGCAAUUGGGUGUUACUCAGCCAGCCAUUUCCAUGCAUCUACAUGCCAUGGGAAAGAUUCAGAAGAUCGGAAAAUGGGUGCCAUAUGAAUUGAACGAUAGGCAGAUGGAGCAAUGCCAAAAUACAUGCAAAAUCUUGCUCGCCAGACAAAAAAGAAUGUCAUUUCUGCGUCAUAUUGUAACUGGCGAUGAGAAAUGGAUAUAUUUCGAGAAUCCUAAAUGCAAGAAAUUGUGGGUGGUGACUGCACUAGGCAAAACUUGGCAUCCAGAACACUUCACUUGCACGCACUGCAAUUUGGAACUCGGCACAAAAAAUUUCUUCGAGCGUGACGGCGAACCUUACUGCGAGAAAGACUAUCACAACAUAUUUUCUCCCAGAUGUGCUUACUGUAAUGGACCAAUCCUGGAUAAAUGCGUGACGGCCCUGGAUAAAACUUGGCACCCGGAACACUUCUUCUGCACGCAGUGCGGUCGACAGUUUGGCGAGGACGGAUUUCACGAAAAGGACGGGAAACCCUACUGUCGAGAGGACUACUUCGACAUGUUCGCACCCAAGUGCGGCGGAUGCAACCGACCCAUUACGGAAAAUUACAUUUCCGCACUGAAUAGUCAGUGGCAUCCGGAAUGCUUCGUAUGUAGGGACUGUAGGCAACCGUUCAACGGAGGAAGUUUCUACGACCACGACGGUCAGCCUUACUGCGAGACGCACUACCAUGCCAAGAGGGGAUCGCUGUGCGCCGGAUGUCACAAACCCAUCACCGGCCGAUGCGUCACCGCCAUGUUCCGAAAGUUCCACCCCGAACACUUCGUCUGUUCCUUCUGCCUGAAGCAACUGAACAAGGGCACUUUCAAGGAACAGAACGACAAGCCUUAUUGCCACGCCUGCUUCGAAAAGCUCUUCGGUUGACCCCGCCCCGCCGCCCCUCCUCUCUUCCGACCGCCUUCUUUCGCUAAACGUUAACCGCAGUUUUUAGUUACGUGACGGAGGCCGACCCACCCGUUUCUAUAGUAAUUGGCGGCCCACUUUGUAUACGCCCCUCCGUACGAAACGGUGUAUUGUAUAUCUGGGUGAAAGGCAUUUUAUUCCGGUGUUUGCCACGUCGUGCCAAAUGGUGUGCCGACGGACCUAAAUAAAGCUUGGACGCUAAUCGUUUACGUAUCGUUAUGGCAGUGGAAAUUCUUUUAUUACGUAAAAACAAACCGGAAUUCUUCGUAUACGCGGGCACCGGAUAAUGUUGCCGACCGCGUGGCCCUGGUCAAGGUUUUUAUACGUGGCCGGUUGGAUUAUCCGGAAUCCGUCUUAGUGCAUUCCUAAGCGUGACGUUUUUUGGAAGAUUUUUAUUUAUAUCGAGAAUUGGGAAAAGAUUAACAAAAGCGCUUUUUUCUUUACUUAAAAUAGUCGGACCGUUUCUAGGAAACAAGGUGAAGGCGCGUCUUUGUACGAAAUUUGUUCCAAUUUGUUAUUAAGAUUUCUUAAACUGUGAAAAAUCUUCGUUUCUCGAUGCAUCAAUAAAGCAUUUUAAAACAA